UUGUGCAUCUGGUAAACCGAGAUUGGACUUGAUAUAAAACAAAUAUCUGAAAAUUAAUGAAUCAGAUUAUUAAAGGAAUAAAUAUUUUUUGUAAGCAUAAAAAAAAAAAGUGAAAAAAGACUGGAUUUUUCUUUUCACUUUCUAUUUUGUUUUUUUGUACAAACAGGGCAUAUUUUUUAUUUUCAAGAAAUAUAUAUUUUCUAACUCCUUUACAAGAAACAGUUUCUUUUCCUCUUUGGUUUCGAAAGGUAGAAGCUUUCAAGCAACUGACUUUCUCAGUAGAUUUGUCAGAAUCUUCUACAUACUUGGAGAAGACUGGAAUCUCAGAAACCUUCAACGACUCUAAUGAUUUUUUCUUCCUCGAAUUUUUGAGAGCUUAGAUUCUGGUAAUGGAGAUUCUUCCUUGUAGUUCUUCACCAUGCUGUUAUGUAAAUCUGAAAGGGAAAUUAGUGGCCAAAAGCUCAAAUACGAAUAAAUCCAAGCUUCAAACUUUUAGGAAAGGCAGAAUUUUGUUUGCUAAGAUUGAAUGUGUUAAUGGGUCUUUGAGAUUCCACAAUUUAGGUCAGUCUUUUUUAAGGAACCCUAAUCACCAGGGAGGUUUUGGGUCAUCAAAUGCCCAUCAAAGUGAUAAACACGUUGAUUCCAAGGUCUUGAGUGGAAGCUAUAAUGGUUAUGUGAUUGAUGGGGAAGAGGAUGCAAGAACUCUCUCAGAAACUGGGAAAUCAGGAACUAAGGUUUUGAUUCCGGGUUUGCCGGACGAAUCCAGUGGAGAAUCUGCAGCUCCAAUUCGUAGUUGCUUUUGGCAAUGGAAGCCCAAAUUCAAUGUCCAUUAUGAGAAAACUGGGUGUGAAAAUGUAACCUCUCCACCAGUACUGUUUCUUCCUGGUUUUGGUGUUGGUUCAUUUCAUUAUGACAAGCAACUGAAGGAUUUGGGUCGGGAUCAUAGAGUAUGGGCAAUUGAUUUUCUAGGGCAGGGCAUGUCAUUGCCAUUUGAAGACCCUACUCCUAUGUCUAAGGAAGGGGUUGCAUCGGAUAAGAAAGAUCAAGCGUGGGGCUUUGGAGAUGAAACUGAACCUUGGGCAAGUGAACUUGUUUACUCUAUGGAUCUAUGGCAGGAUCAGGUUCGAUACUUCAUAGAACAGGUCAUUGGAGAACCAGUCUAUCUUGUAGGGAACUCACUAGGAGGAUAUGUAGCUUUAUAUUUUGCAGCAUGCAACCCUCAUUUGGUUAAAGGUGUCACGUUGCUCAAUGCAACUCCUUUCUGGGGAUUUUUACCAAAUUCAAUCAAAUCUCCAAGACUUGCUAGACUGUUUCCAUGGGCUGGAACAUUCCCUCUGCCUUCUCGUGUGAGAAAGCUCACAGAAAUUGUUUGGCAGAAAAUAAGUGAUCCCAAUAGCAUUGCCGAGAUACUCAAGCAGGUGUAUGCAGAUCAUUCGACAAAGGUUGAUAAUGUGUUUUCUCGGAUACUUGAGACAACACGUCAUCCAGCUGCUGCUGCAUCAUUUGCCUCAAUUAUGUUUGCUCCCAAAGGACAACUAUCAUUUUGGGAGGCUUUGUCUAGAUGUCGAGAAAACAAUGUGCCAAUCUCUCUCAUGUAUGGGAAAGAAGACCCCUGGGUGAGACCUGUUUGGGGCCUUCAGGUGAAACGCCGAGUGCCUGAAGCUCCAUAUUAUGAGAUUAGCCCUGCUGGUCACUGCCCUCAUGAUGAAGUUCCUGAGGUUGUGAAUUAUUUAUUGCGUGGGUGGAUCAAAAACCUAGAAUCUCAUGGUUCAAUCACAUUGCCUCUGCUUGAUGACUCAGCAAAUGUCCAGUCUGACAUUACCAAGGACUUGGAAUUUGUCAGAGAUGGAGCAGCAAAAUCCGUGAGCGUACACUUCUUUGGAUCAGAAUUCUCACUUUGGAACCAGAUUAGUGCUUAUGUCAAAUCUCGGUUUGGGAACGUACAAUUGAAAUCUUGACAACAAAGUUGGCAGUUAGUUCUUCAAAGAUAGUGUAGAUUUUUUUAAAAUGUAUUAUAUCCUUUGAUUGAUAAUUAUAUGAAGUGAAUCAUUCAAUAGCUUAUAUUAUUUUGAAUGAUAAUGUAUAUGUUUCAAAGUUUAAAACCCAA